UGGUUUCCCGACUCCGUGAACCUGACAGCCGCCGUCGUCCAGGACCAAAGACCGCUGAGGGUUGCAGUCAUGUCGGCAGCUGCUCCGGGGACCAGCAAGGCGGCACACAGCGAUGUGGCCGCCAAGAAAAAGAAGGGACCCGGCGCCCUGGCCACGGCCUACCUGGUCAUUUACAACGUUGUUAUGACAGCGGGGUGGCUGGUGAUCGCUGUGGGUCUGGUCAGAGCUUACCUGGCCAGAGGAAGCUACCACGGGCUGUACUACUCCAUAGAGAAGCCUCUCAAGUUCUUUCAGACUGGAGCUAUUCUGGAGAUACUGCACUGUGCUGUAGGAAUCGUACCGUCCUCUGUGGUCCUGACCGGGUUCCAGGUCAUGUCCCGGGUCUUCCUUACCUGGGCCGUCACACACAGCGUCAGGGAGGUGCAGAGUGAGGACAGCGUGCUGCUGUUUGUCACAGCGUGGACCAUCACAGAGAUCAUCCGCUACUCUUUCUACACAUUCAGCCUACUCAAUCACCUGCCAUACCUCAUCAAAUGGGCAAGGUACACCUUUUUCAUUGUGCUGUAUCCCAUGGGUGUGACUGGGGAACUGCUGACCAUCUAUGCAGCGCUGCCGUACGUGCAGAAGACAGGCCUGUACUCCGUCACUCUCCCCAACAAGUACAACUUCUCGUUCGACUACUACACCUUUCUUAUCCUCGUCAUGAUCUCUUACAUUCCCCUCUUCCCCCAGCUUUACUUCCACAUGAUCCGGCAGAGGAAGAAGGUGCUGGGCCACGCAGAGGACUACAGCAAAGUGGAGUGAGCUGAGCAGCUCUCAGACAGAUCUGAUGAAAAGAAACCAAAACAAACAGAAGAGGAACAAAAUCAUGUCUGCUUAAAGAAACCAGUUUUCAAACUGCCAGAGCUGACCUGGCAGGAGAUCCAAAUUAUCAAGCAACUUUAUUUUUUCCAGCUGUUGUCCGGGUUGUGUAGACGCUCACAAAUCAUGAACGAACUGUUUUUUGUUUUUUUUUUGUUAUUUUUCUGUUGUCGUUUUUAUUUAUGAACAAACUGCAGUUACUUUUGUUUAGUCAGGGAGCUUUUGCAGCUGUAAAGAAACUGUAUCUCGACUCUGAUAGAGUUGAGCUGCUGUCUGAGCACUGAGCAGAACUCGGUCACAGCGUUGAACUGAAAGAUGCACUGAUAGAAUCGAUAACCUCCUUUUAAAUGUCACCGUAGAAAAAUCCCGAGUAGAUUUUUUCACCUCCCGACCUUUUGGUCUCUUUUAAAAAGCAGUCCUGCUUCACUACGAUGUAGAAAGAAUAAUGUGAAGACUAGUGCUGAAACUAGGUUGUAGGUUUUGCAUCCACAGUGUUUGUUGGUGCAAACUGUGGUCCAGACUUGUAUUCUGUUUUCUUUCAUUUAUUUCAGUCAAAAAUUUUAUUACAUUCCUAAUUAAGUUCAAUAAACCUUUUUUCAUUCUUUGCUUGCA